UUAAUCUGAAAUCUGAUGGUACCCCUUGAGCCCAGAAGGUGCCUGGCCCCUCGUUCGAGCGCACAGGCCACACCCCGCGGCUUCCAGGCCUGCCCGGCUUUCUCUGCGCGGCGGCGGCGGCAAUGGCCGUCACCCGCCCCUGGGCUGCCGUGCUCUGCCGCUUGGGGGCUUAGGCGAUCCUGGCCGCCGGCUGAGCAGGCCGAGGCUGCCGUCCCCGGGCGGCUCCUCGCAGCGAAGGAAUGACGCCGGGCGGGGAGAGCGGCUGGUUCGGCUUCGGGUUCCGCUGGACCGGCGGCGCGGAGGGCGGGCCCGAGCCGCUGUCCGCGGAGGGCCUGGGGCCGGUGCGCCGCGUGAGGCCGAGCUGGAGCUUCGCGGCGGUGGUGGCGGCUGGAGGGCCGGGACGGGUGCGGCUGCAGGGCGCGGUGGCGGCGGCGCUGCCGGAGGACUGCCUGGACGCGCUGCCCUCCGAGACGCACGUGCUGCUGCUGCGGGAGGCCGCGCUGGAAGCCUGGCCCGCCGCCACUGAGUCGGACUCGCUGCUGGACGGCCGGCCGGCCUGGCGGAAGGAGCUGCGGGCAGAGGAGGCAGCGGCGAUAGAGCUGCCGCUGGUGCCCGGCGGCUACGUGGCCCCCCGGCCGCCCUUCUUCACGGCGCUGCCCGCCGCCCUCCCGGCGCGCCGGUUGCUGCUGGGCCUGGAGCACGCGCUGCUGCUGGCAGCCGGCGGGGCGCUCUUCUCCUGGGGCGGCGGCAGGCACGGGCAGCUCGGGCACGGCGACCUGGAGAGCCGGCGGGAGCCGCGGGCGGUGGAGGCGCUGCAGGGCUUGGCCGUGGCGGAGGCGGCGGCGGGCGGCUGGCACUCGGCGGCCGUCAGCGAUGCGGGCGACCUGUACUUGUGGGGCUGGAACGAGUCGGGGCAGCUGGGGCUGCCCUCCAAAAAGGCCAGCGAGGCUGCAGCAACAGCCGCCGAAGAGGCCGGUUCGGACCCGCGGAAUCGCCCCCUUUGCGAGCGCAGCGUUGCUCCGGGCAGCGACAGGCUGGAGGCGGGGGUUUCGGACGGGCCGGGAGGCGACGAAGCGCCCUUCGUCUCUCUGCAGGCCUUCCCCGCCCUGCUGGACUUGCCCGAGGAGGCCGAGGGCCCGGCCAUCUCUACACCUGGGGCUGGGGGAAAUAUGGUCAGUUGGGGCACCAGGACGCAGCCACCUCUGACUGGCCAAGGAGAGUUUGCUACUUUGUGGAGAGGAAUCUCAGGGUGCAGGAUGUGGUCUGUGGGCCGUGGAACACCUUUGUCCAAGCUGCGGCUGCUAAGAGUGGGCCAUGAAGAAGCCAUGUCCAGCAGGCCUUUCCCUGGAGGCCGAGCAGCCUCACAGAGCUCCAUCUUGAUUCAACUGGACAUCCCGUGAACGAGAAUUGGGCCAUGUUUACAUAUCAGAAGCACAACAUUAAAUGCAGAAUAAAAUUAUCUUUUAUGUAGAGCAAAGUCUGACAUUAAAAAAAAGCUUUUUCAAAACA